AUGACCAAGAGACAAUCCCCCAUCCCUGCUACCGCCAACGAUGUCGACAUGACCCCGACCGACCAAACCGCCAAGAAGAUUAAGACCGCCGACUCUGGUUUUACCUAUGCCCAGGACGAGUACAAGAUCAAGUCCGACUUUCUCAAGAACUCGCGCUUCGAGGUCCUGUACAUGGCCACCCGCGCCAGAGCUGAGGUCAUCCGUCACCUUCUCGAAUUUGUCGGCGCGAGCUACAAGAGUGUGACCCCAGUCGAAUGGCCCGCAGGCAAGAAGGACACCCCCUUUGGCGUCCUUCCCGUCCUCACCCAUAUCAAGCCCGACGGUGAAAAGUUUGUCGUCUCCGAGGUCCCUGCCUUAACCCGAUACCUAGGCCGUCUCUUUGGCCUUGACGGCAACAACCUCGAGGAGGAUGCGCUGCUCGAUGCCUGCCUCCAUAGUGCCUGUGACAACGUCCUCAACGUGAUGAUGACGGAGAUCUGGAUGAAGCCCGAUCCCAAGGAGAAGGCCAAUAUCGACAAGGCCUUUGAGAGCAUGGCACCCUUCUUUGAUGGCCUCGAGAAGUAUUUGGUCAAGAACGGCUCCAACGGGUAUCUUUUGGGCGAAAAGACAACGUACCCCGAGUUUGCUUGGUUCGAAUGGAUCCACUACUUCUCUGGCGAAUACCCCGAGCACAUGAAAACCUUCAUCUCCCAGGAUCACCGCCCUGCCACUUUCAAGAUGUUCCAACGUCUUGAAUCCAACCCCCGCGUCAGUGCCUACAUCAAGGGCGGUCGCUGGGAGCAUCGUCCCGCCACACCUCUUGUUGGCAUGUACUCUGCCGGUGUCAUGACCAACGACUGGGAGAAGUCAUUGGAGUUCUACCACAAGACCUUGGGCUUCGAGGUGGUCAUGAAUGUCGAAGUAGCCGGUCAGAACGGUGCCCGCUAUAUGGAGUAUUUCGUCAACAGUGGAGAAAAGACAAAGUUCACGGUUUACUACGGUGGACCUGGCGUCAACUGUGCAGGACAGAACAAGGCAGGCAUUUCUUUCGGUGUCAAGGAUAUGCAAGGCACUUAUGACUCUCUUGUCAAGAAGGGAGUUAAGUUCUCGAUGCCCCCUUCGAAGAUGCCUUGGGGCACCAUGGCCCAGAUGGAGGAUCCCGAUGGUAACUCAUUGACCCUCAACGGACUCUAA